GUUAUUGCUUCUUAAUGGAGAGUGAUAUGCAGUGCAAGUUUCAGUACCAUAUGUCCGUUUGGAUCUUUCUCACCCCUGAUUGGCUCGCAGUACCAGUGUCUGUUGAUCGCCUCAACGCAAUCCAGUUUCCUGUCUGGUACAAACAAAACUGCACAACCAAAACGGCGUGGUACUUGUUAGCACCCCUGGUUGCUAUGGUUGGACUUAUCUUGGUCCCCAUUUCGGCGUUCAUAGUCAGAAUUGACGAUGGCAUAAAUGUGUACUGUUCGAACAAAAAUGGAAUCGUCGAGAAUAUGGUGGGAGUUGUGGGCAUUCCGCCGAUCUUGGCUGUGUCGGUGGCGACUCUGGCUCUGCUGUAUAUCAUUCAUGGGCGCAACAAGAAAUCAAACAACGCAACUGACGAUAAAGAGCUCAUUAUCUUCAAAGUAGGAUCAUGA